UCGGGAACCGGAUGUAGCUUAGUGCUCCGGUGGCAGAGUGCCGGGGACAUGGCCACGGGGACAGACCAGGUGGUGGGACUCGGCCUCGUCGCCCUGAGCCUGAUCGUCUUCGCCUACUACAGCGUCUGGGUGGUUCUCCUGCCUUUCAUCGACAGCCAGCAUGUCAUCCACAAGUACUUCCUGCCCCGAGCCUACGCCAUCACCAUCCCGCUGGUUGCGGGACUGCUGCUGCUGCUGUUCGUGGGUCUGUUCAUCAGCUACGUGAUGAUGAAGAACCAGAGGCCAGCCAAGAAGGCUCAGUGAAGACCCAGCGUGCAGGGCUGACGCUGCCAUUCCCACGCUGCAGCUCCUCCCAGGCAGGCACCACGGAGGGAGCUUGCAGGACUGAUCCAGGCCCUGUGGCGCCACAGGCCUCCCUGUGGGAUGAAGCCGAUCAGGACUCUUCCUCUGACAGAUCCCCCUACACCCCACCACACACACACACUCAGUCGCCCUCUGGAAGCCAGAGGGCUGGGUGCCUGGAGACCUCCCUCUCUUCCCGCUGUGUCAGGGCCUGGACAGCGCUGCUUCUCCUCAGUCUGCUUCCAGCGUCCCUGGCUCUUCCUCCCUGGGUUCUGUCCAUAGGCUCAGCAUCCCUCAGGUCACACUGAUGGACUUCGCAGGUUCUAGGACAAGCGGCCCCGCCCUUCCACAAAGGCAGCUUUCCUGAAGGCGACACAGCUCAGAGCCCACAUGGACUUCCUGACUUGGAAAGUCCUGGGGCAGGAUGGAUAGAUCCCGGGACCACCAGCAGGCUUCCAGGGGCAUUAGGGUACUCACACCAGGCUGCGGAGACCUCAACAAUAAACCCUGACCACACA